AUGUCAUCCAGCACGACCAACGCGUCCCCGCUUGGGGAAGAGGAGAAGCCUCUGCGCGGGGACGCCACAUACCCGAGGCAUGAUAACUCAGCCUGGUUCGUUGGAGUCGGUAUCGUGGAUGCAGCCGACAAGGAGGAGGAUGGUCAGAUUGUCUGGCGUGGCACCUAUACCAACACCGGUGACAGUCGUUUUGGUCACACGACCCAGAAGCUACAGGAGCUACAGGAGCUGGGGGUUCUGAAAGAGGCCAUUGCAGAGUCACUCGAGGCCUUCGAAGCGCUCAGGCUGAAGUAUGGCAUGCGAAGACAAGGCGGAGGUUCUGGAGGCGUUUGGUCAAUUCUUGGAGAGUCGGGCGCCAUUGUCGCUCUUAAAGGAAGCAAUGUGUUCCGUAUCGGCCCCGACGAUUACAAGAAUCUGCAGCAUAGCCGCAUACCGGACGACAUUGCAGAGCGGACUGUGCCGCCGUACUUCUGGCAGCUUCGUCCAUCCGAGCCCAGUUCGAGAACUGCAAAGUCAAGAGACACCAAGUAUCUCGACGUGGCAUUCGAGAUCCACGAGUCCAAAGCAGGCCAAAUCACAGUCCAGGUCCAUCCCGUCAUGCCUUGGACUCCCAAGGAGAUUGAGGACGUUCCCGAUUGGGUGUCAUCAAUGUUUGCAGAGAAGCUGAGCGGGAGAGCUGCCGAGCACCGGCACCGAUUGGACCAGGCAGCUGAGGCCGGCGGAAGAGCCUUCAGUGGCUUCGAGACCAGGGUUCUCAGCGCCACCACGUCGCUGCUCGAAAAGGGCCUGCUCGAGGGUCGCGUGAUCACCAACCCAAAAAAUGAUAGGCUCCACUCUCUUCACGACUUUAUCGUCAGCUCGUUGCAAAGAGAGAUGGAGUCUAUCGCCAGCUCGGUGCAGGCGGAAGCAGAAGCCCCGGCCGUGAGGGAGCAGGAAGGCGGCUCAUCUGCCAGGCGUGGCAAGGGAAGAGCGCUGGAACCCAGAGUCUCUGGUUUGGGCCGACUGGAUGACCACAGACGAGGUUUGAUCGACCGCACCGGCGUAUUUGAGUCCCGCGACCUGGCACAAGGUGAAGCUCGCAAUGCCCCAUCCAUACUGCGGAUCAUCGACGAGUCUCUCAAGCUGUCUGCCGAAGCAGCUAAACAGGACCAAAGGAGGCAGGAGCGCGAACGGUUCAUCCACGACCAGGGGAUUGAACGAGGUAUUCGUGAGGCGAGGGGCGCACCGCCUUCCUAUGACGACGGCUCAUCGGUGUGGGGGUCCUUAGGGACCCAAGGUGAUCGAUGGGAGCUUUCGACGACGUCGAAAGCGUCGGAUGUGAAGAAUUCCAUGAUGCCUUCGACACUUCCGUGGGAAGGAACUCAUGUCUCGACGCCAGCUACCCAAGCCGAAUCCGGUCCAGGCAACAGCCUCAAUGACCCUCUCUCGGCACACCUUCCGACGUCACAGCUUCCGCAAAGGCCCUCGAGGUCGAGAUCGGCGAGGCGCAGAUGGUGGCACUGUUUUGGUACCCCAGACGAGUAUGACAGGCAGUGA